AUGCGACCAAUACCACAGAUCAUCUACCUGAUUGUGCUGCUUGCUUCGCAGCUGGUAACAGCUGACGAAUAUAUCGAGUCCAGAGCACUAAGUUUGUGCUCCAACAGUUUGGAGUUUACAGCGACGUACUUCAAUGUAAAGUUCACACCGAAGAAUCGUACCAUUGCAUUGAGCUUUAAUGGAAGGUCAUCUAUAUCUGGCAAAGUUAUUGCAGAGUUGAUUAUUACCGUCUACGGCUACACCGCCAUGACCAAGGUGUUGAACCCUUGUGAUAUGGAUCUUGAAGGGCUUUGCCCGGUGAGGGCCGGUGAGAUCCCGGUGAUGAAUACCAACAUCAAAAUACCCGACUCAGUUAUUUCGCAGAUUCCUGGUAUUGCCUAUACAGUCCCGGACUUGGAUGCCUCCGUGCGCGUUUUCAUCAACUCCUCCGAUACAGGAAGAAGUAUUACUUGUCUCGAAGCAGAGCUUUCGAAUGGCAAAACAGUUUAUCAGCCCGGGGUUGGUUGGACGACGGCUAUAAUUUCUGGUCUGGGUCUGGCUGCCUCUGCAGUCACCUCUGCGCUUGGCCACUCAAAGGCUGCCAUACACAUAGCAACCAAUGUUCUCUCGCUUUUUGGAUUCAUGCAGUCACAAGCAAUGUUUGGAAUGUCGUCAGUUCACAUGCCUCCGAUUGUGCAGUUGUGGACUCAGAACUUUCAAUGGAGCAUGGGCAUCGUUCGUGUCGGCUUCUUGGAGACUUUAUGUACUUGGUAUCAAAGGUCCACAGGUGGACGGCCUUCGACUCUCAUUGUCAACCACUCUAAAAAGUCGAUUCAAAUUCUCAAAAAGCGAUUUCAUGGCACUUUGCUAAAGCGAGCCGGUAAAUCUGGAGCAGAUACACAUAAAAGCAUUGUGAUACGCGGCAUCCAACGUGUCGGGUAUAAGGCAGGAAUUGAAUCUACCAACAUCUUCUUGACAGGUUUGAUCUUCUUCGUCUUCUUUGCCACACUUGCAAUGAUCUGUGUUGCAAUAUUCAGUGUCAUUCGUAAGUCUCUAGUCAAGUCUGGGAAGAUCAAGAAUGAUGAAGUCAAAUGGAACUUCAUUCCAAAGGGAAUCCUAUUCCGGGUAAUCCUGAUUGGGUACCCUCAGAUAUGCAUACUCUGUUUGUGGGAAUUUACUCAACAUGACUCUCCCGCUGAGGUUAUUCUUGCCGCCGUCAUGCUCUUGACUACCACAGUUGCCAUAGGAUUUGCAACACAAAAGGUCGUCCGUCUGGCGAAACAGUCAGUGAAACUAUACGGAAACGCUGCAUACACUCUCUAUACUGACCCUGCCUGUUUGAAUAAGUGGGGCUUUCUAUACGUGCAAUAUCAAGCCAAGGCUUACUACUUCAUUAUGCCAGCCCUUGUCUAUGUCAUAGUGAAAUCAAUGUUUAUCAGCCUGAGCCAAGCAGCCCCUGUGGUGCAAACCAUAGCAUUGGUAAUUAUCGAGGCAUUGAUGCUGAUCUCGGUCAGCAUCCUGAGACCCUGGAUGAACAAGAAGACUGACAUAUACAACAUCUCCAUUGCAGCUAUCAAUUUUGUUAAUGCUAUCUUCCUGCUUAUCUUUUCGAAUGUCUUCAGCCAACCUGGCAUUCUGACUGGCGUGAUGGGAGUUGUUUUCUUUGCCUACAACGCAGUGUUCUCACUAGUCCUUCUGGUUCUCAUGUUAAUUGCUUCCAUCUACGCCGUCCUAUCAAAGAACCCAGACAUUCGAUACCAACCGAUGAGGGACGAUCGUGAGUCGUUUAUUAGGUCACAGUCCCAACAUCAGCUGGGUACCGAGUUGGAUGCCUUGGGUGCCGCCGCUCGCGGUGAAAAGCAUUCUAAUCACGACAACUCCAUCCCAAGUUUAGUUGAUCCUAUGGACAGACAUGGACAUGGUAACGAACCGAACGGUGAAGAUAGGCUAGAAGCGAACCAGCCUUCAUCAGAUAUUCUUGGGAGUGAAGCUCUGGGAUAUCAAAAUAACCGUCGCAAACAUAUACCGCAUUGCCGAAAAUUCUAUCGGCCAGGCCGCUGCAAGCCCCCUACAAACCCCGAUGUUAUACUGCCUACGGACGUUAGCAGGGCUUGCAGCACGUCGAGUCCAUGGAACAGAGGAGCUGGAUAUGACUAA